UGGUAUUCUUCCUUUGUUUUGUCCGGCGUAGAACUCUCCUCUUCUCAGACCUGUCUCGCUGUGAUAAUUGUUCGAUUAUCCAACUCUUGUCAUCAUGAACACGAUACGAUCAACCUGGAUAGGCUGGGGCACUCUUUGUGCAGCCGGUGGAGGUGCUUACUAUCUGGCAAACAAAUCCAUCACUGCGGACAGAGAGGCUAGGCAGGACAACGCCAUGAGACACAAGGCAAAAAUGGCCGCCAUGGAAGCAGAAUACAGACAAGCAGCUGCAAAGACCGGCAGUGCCCCUUCGGCGGGUGAUUCCCCAUCUUCGAAGCCACAAACCACGAUGCGUCAGACGAAGGACAGUGGAUAAUCGAGGGACAUUACUCAACAAAGCAAUUUACCCUGGAGCGCAGCGCCUCUUCCCUGCCCAGUCAUAACCGAUCGCAAAGAGGCCAGCAGCUAGUCGCGAAAAUGG